AUGGCCAUCAGGCUUCCCCCCCGGCUGCUGGCCGGCAGACUGGCCCGCCGGGCCUUUGCCUCGGCGGCGGCCAAGCACAGCGGACCCGGACCCGGACCCGGACCCGGAGCAAGACCGCUGCCGAACCCCGACCCCGGGCCCGAGUCGCCGUCGGCGGCCAUGGUGGCCGACCACGCGGCGUACAUGGUGGCGACGUACGCGCGCCCGCCGCCCGUGUUUGUCCGCGGCGAGGGCUCGUGGCUGUGGGAUCUCGAGAACCGCAAGUACCUCGACUUCACGGCCGGCAUCGCCGUGACGGCCCUGGGCCACGGGGACCGCGAGCUCACGGCCCUGAUGGCCGAGCAGGCGCGCACGCUGGUGCACGCGUCCAACCUGUACCACAACCCGUGGACGGGCGCCCUGGCCAAGCUGCUGGUGGAGGCGACCCGCGCGGCGGGCGGCAUGCACGACGCGGCCGCCGUCUUCGUGUGCAACUCGGGCGCCGAGGCCAACGAGGCCGCCAUCAAGUUCGCCCGCAAGGUCGGCCGCGCGCUCGACCCGGCCGGCGGCAAGACCGAGGUCGUGUCGUUCGCCGGCGCCUUCCACGGCCGCACCAUGGGCAGCCUGUCGGCCACCCACAACCCGCGCUACCAGGCGCCCUUUGCGCCCCUGGUCCCCGGCUUCCGCGAGGGCGCCUUCAACGACGUCGCCGGCCUGCGGGACCUCGUCACCCCGGCCACCUGCGGCGUGCUGGUCGAGCCGGUCCAGGGCGAGGGGGGCGUCGUGCCCGCCACCCCCGAGUUCCUGGCCGCCCUGGCCCGGCGCUGCCGCGACGUCGGCGCCGUCCUCGUCCACGACGAGAUCCAGUGCGGCCUGGCCCGCACCGGCGCGCUGUGGGCGCACGCCCGCCUGCCCCCCGACGCGCACCCGGACGUCGUCACCAGCGCAAAGGCCCUCGGCAACGGCUUCCCCGUCGGCGCCGCCAUCGUCAACCGCCGCGUCGCCGACGCCGUCCGCGUCGGCGACCACGGCACCACCUUUGGCGGCAACCCGCUCGCCUGCCGCCUGGCCCACCACCUCGUCUCCCGCCUGGCCGACCCGGCGCUGCAGCGCGACGUGCUCCGCAAGGAGGGCCUGUUCCGCCGGGGCUUCGCCGACCUGCGCGCCCGCUUCCCCGCCCUCGUGGCCGACGUCCGCGGCCGCGGCCUCCUCCUCGGCCUGCAGCUGACCGAGGACCCGGGCGCCGUCGUCACCGCCGCCCGCGAGAGGGGGCUCCUCGUCAUCACCGCCGGCACCAACACCUUGCGCUUCGUGCCCAGCUUGCUGGUCAGCGACGACGAGAUCCAGCUGGGGCUGGAUAUCCUGGGAGACGCCAUCGCCUCGACUCGCUAG